AUGACCACCAAAGCAGAACAACCCAGUCGACCUCCGUCGGAUCGAGAGCUAGCCAGCGACGACACCAUCACCGAGGCAUCUGAUCCCCCCUCGAGUCCAGUCCUUGACAUUAGUGAAACGACCACUACGACUGCAGACGAAAUCAGUCACCGCUCCACUGUUCGUGCUCUGGACGGCGAUGACAUGACCACCAAAGCAGAACAACCCAGUCGACCUCCGUCGGAUCGAGAGCUAGCCGGCGACGACGCCAUCACCGAGGCAUCUGAUCCCCCCUCUAGUCCAGCCCUUGACAUUAGUGAAACGACCACUACGACUGCAGACGACAUCUAUCACCCCUCCACUGUUCGUGUUCUGGGCAGCGACGACACAACCACCCAUGCAGAUGAACUCAGUCGUUCCCUGUCUGAUCAAGACAUUGGCGGUGACGACAAGUCAGGCGAAGCUAGUCGCCCUCUGUCUGUUCGAGUCCUUGAUGACCACGACACGACCACCAAAACAGACGAACUCGGCCGUCCUCCGCCCGAUGGAGGCCAGGACAGUGAUUAUGGCGAUUAUGGGAGUGAUGGGGACUUUGAAAGUGAUGAUGAAGCGGCGAAAUGA